GUUUCUUCACGCCUUCUAGGUUUCUUCACAAGUGUUCGAGCAAGUCCUUCAAGUUUACAUUCCGGCUACCCAUCCCCCGCCGGUUUCUCGGCGUUAAAGUGAGUUUGACUUCAGGGUGGACUCUUUCACAGACGGGUCCAGUCGACCGGUCCCCUCCGACAUAACCGCGGAGAAGGGCUCAGCCCCACAAACAGCUUCGGCGCUUAUUUCGCCUGAAUAGGACCGGCGUCGCUUUGUUCGGGCUGCUAACCUGCUGAGGGCAUUGCCAUACAACAGUAAGCUCUGAAGCUUCACAGGGAGGAGGACUCAGGACUGUCAGCCGCGAGAUUACUGUACUCGCUGUUAAAUACGAUAAUUGCACACCGUCGAAGACGCAUCGCGGUCGAGAGACACAUCUGCCAGGAUGACGGCGACCCUAUCCCGGUCUUUUUCGAAGGACUUCCGCGAGUUCGGCAUCACAGAUGUUUCCGACAGAGCGGCCAUCAUUGAGAAACUUGUAAAUCAGGAGUGGGAAAUGAAGGACCUUCGGGAACAGCUUCACGCCUCAGAGUCUGAACGAGCAAAACUCGUUAGCGUGAACAAAAUACUUCGCGAGCAUAUGAGCAUGCACAACCAUCUGCAGGAGCAGCUUAGGAACGCGCUGAAGACUUACGAUGAGAUUUCCGCAAAGGUGACGGACCACGUCAAGCUCGCCGAGAGGCUCCACGGCCUCGUCGGUGAACCUGUCUCGCGAGCCAAAUCAUUCUCCGUCUCCGGGACCGGGAACCAGUAUUCUCCGUUUCCCGAGGGAUCCGUCUCUUCACCGCUUCCACGAGGGGGGCCGUCUGGAGGUGGCACAAGCGAAAAGGGUUUCGUUGCCGCACUGAAACAGGAAGAGGCUUCCUGGUUUCCCACAUCGCCCGUCGUUGGGAAAUCCAGACGUGGGUCAGGAAACAAUAUUGCGGUGGCACGCAGCCCUUUCGCGGCCGACGACGCCAUCGCCCUUCUGAAGAUGUUUUCGCUGUUCGCAGAGUUUCCUGAUGAGGUCCUGAACAGAUUGGCUAUGAUUUCUUAUGAGAUGUUCAGGACAGCAGGACAGCAGAUUAUAACCAAGGGAGAGAUGGGCGCGGAGAUUUAUUUCUUGGCAAAAGGCGAUGUCCAUGUAAUGGCCGCGGUUGUGGAAGGGGAAGCCGAAGAACCAUUAGCGACUCUAAGCGACAGAUCUUUCUUCGGGGAGCUGGGCGUCUUGUUUGACAAACCACGAACGGCCAACGUCCGCGCAUCGACCGAUUGCCAUAUCGUGGUCGUCACCAAGCAAAAGAUCCACGACACGUUGCAAUCGUAUCCGGAUCUUAAACAGCGCGUGGAAAUGUUCGCUCAUGACCGCGAGAAGUGGUGGUCUACCCGCGAAUACAAGGCCGCAUUUGGAAUGGAGUUUAUUGCCAAUAUCGCAAGGCAGGAUAUUACCAAGCUCCCUAUCUUCGCAGAAGCCCCCGACGUCUUCCUGGAGAAACUAGCCCAACGGUGCACAUCAGAGACCUUCGCACCCUCCAGCACCAUCGUCCAGAUUGGUGACGACUCCGACAGCAUCUUCUUUGUCAUCCGCGGGUCCGCCCUCGUCAUCUCCGCCGAAAAAGUGGUGCACGCGGAGCUCGGCCCCGGCGCCUUCUUUGGCGAGCUGGGCAUCAUCCUCAACAUCAACCGCACGGCUAGUAUCGUGGCGAAGGAGGAGUGCUUUGCUCUGAAAUUGACGAAGGAAAGCUUGAUCGAGGUGCAGGAGGCGUAUCCGGCGAUCAAGGCGAAGAUUCAGGACGCUGUCAAUGAGCGGUUUGCGUUGUAUCAGGAACGGUGCAAGCAGGUUGAUAAGGCGCCUGAGCAGUUUGAUGUUGAGGUUAGCAAGCAGCAAUUGAAGAAGCUUGGCAUAUUCCGCAACGUCGAUGACAUGAUCAUUGGCGAGCUUGCGCACUUGAUGAAGCAGCAAUCGUGGAAAAAGGGCGACAAGAUCAUAGAGUGUGGACAAAAGGCCGACAGCAUGUUCUUCCUAACCUCCGGCGAAAUCGACGUCCUCUCCGAAUUCGGCGAACAGAUCGACCGCGCCUCCGGGCCCGACGCCUGGUUCGGCGAAGUCGCGCUCCUGCAAGACGUGCCCCGCACCGCGACCAUCCGCGCCCGCUCCGAAUGCUCCACGUUCAUGUUCCGCAAGGACGAUUUCAUGGCCUUGUUGAAGAAGAACCCGGUCAUUGCGGAACGGAUCGAGGAGACGGCUAGGGAUCGGUUGCAGGCGCAUUUGAUGAGGAAUAUUUUGGCUUGAGGGAGAACAGGGACGGGAGGGCUUCAGUGGACGAUGGCACUUCCACUUCCAUCUUUUUCUUUUUUUGGGACCAUCUUUCAUUCUUCGUUUUUGGACAUAGUAGGGUUCUCUACGCAAUAGUAUUGCUGCAUCCUUUUCCGAAAGCCCCAUUCCGAGUCUUGGGUGAAGUCUCUGCUCCGACUGUUUUCGUGCAGGCUGCCAUCAUAUCCGACGUUCAUCCACUCUAUCCUCGUCGGCCGACGGUAAUGCAUGCCGUCAUCUCACAUUGGGAUUAUAAAGCGCUCGUCGAAGCCGACGUACCUCCGCGCUUCCGAUUGCAAAGGUCGCGGAACAAUGAAUUUUCCAAUGACAGCUCGGAGAAAUGGGGGAACACCUCCAUCGGGAUAAGCUUCAGG